AUGUCACGAGAAGAGCUCUCAGCGGCUGCCGCGCCGGUGCUGUUCCGCGACCGAUACCCACUGCCCCUCAUCGCGGAGACCCUGCAGAAUCUGGCCAAGGCUAAGUGGUUCACCAAGUUUGGGCUCUACGAGUGGCUCGUGUGCCCUUUCGGCCUGAGCGGCGCCCCGGCAUCAUUCCAACGAUACAUGAACAGUGUAUUGCGCGAAUGGCUGGACGACUUUGUCACAGCGUACCUGGAUGAUGUACUGAUCUACUCGAGCGGUUCGAAGGCGGAUCAUGAGGCUAAGGUGCGACGAGUUCUCCAAGCACUCGCCGACGCUGGGCUGCACCUAGACCCAGCGAAGUGCGAGUUUUCGGUACAAGAGCAGCGCGCCAUCCGCGAAUGGGAGGCCCCGACCACGGUGAAGGGUGUCAGAAGCUUUCUGGGCUUCGCCAACUAUUACCGGAUCUUCAUCCCCGACUAUGCCAAGAUCACGCAGUCUCUGGAUGCCCUGCUUAAGAAAGGAACUGCCUUUCAUUGGGGACGAGCGGAGAACGAGGCGUUUCAGGAGCUGAAGCGACGAUUUUGCGAGUCACCGGUGCUCAAGCAGUGGGACCCGAGCCUCCCGACCUUUUUGGAGACGGAUUGCUCAGGCUACGCAUUGGGAGGCGUCCUGUCGCAGGAAGGCCCAGAUGGACGUCGACACGCAUGCGCCUUCUUCUCGAAGCGACUUUCGCCAGCGGAGUACAACUAUCCCAUUCACGACAAGGAGAUGCUUGCCAUCAUGAGAUGUCUCGACAACUGGAACGCCGAACUUAGGAGCUGCGGCCCAUUUACAAUCCUUACCGAUCACCGCAACCUGGAGUAUUUCGCGACACGCCAGAAGCUCACGGAACGGCAGAGCCGUUGGGCAGCCAAUUGUCCCAGUUCGACUUCAAGCUCGAGUAUCGACCGGGAAGCGAGGCUGUCGUGCCUGAUGCGUUGUCCCGCCGUGAACAAGACAAGCCACAGGGCAUCGACGACGAGCGGGAACAAGGAAGAAUGA